GCUAGUAAGAUGGAAGAUGAGGAGGUCGCUGAGAGCUGGGAGGAGGCGGCAGACAGCGGGGAAAUAGACAGACGGUUGGAAAAAAAACUGAAGAUCUCACAAAAGGAGAGCAGGAAAUCCAAAUCUCCUCCCAGAGUGCCCAUUGUGAUUCAGGACGAUAGCCUUCCCACGGGACCCCCUCCACAGAUCCGCAUCCUCAAGAGGCCAACCAGCAACGGUGUGGUCAGCAGUCCCAACUCCACCAGCAGACCAGCCCUUCCAGUCAAGUCCCUAGCCCAGCGGGAGGCAGAGUACGCUGAGGCCAGAAAGCGGAUCCUGGGUAGCGCCAGCCCUGAGGAGGAGCAGGAGAAACCCAUCCUCGACAGGCCAACCAGGAUCUCCCAGCCUGAAGAGAGCCGGCAGCCCAAUAAUGUGAUCAGACAGCCCCUGGGUCCUGAUGGGUCACAAGGCUUCAAACAGCGCAGAUAAAUAUGGGCAAAAAAGGAUGCCACUGCUGCUGCCAUCAACGCCUCCUGGGUCGUCUGCUAUGGGUCGCACUGCCGUGGCAGACAGCUGGACUUGAGCAGAGGGAACGACCUGACUUACUUGCACUGUGAUCCCCUUGCUCCGCCCACUGUGACCUUGAACCCCAUGCACUGUGACCUCCCCUUUGCUCCCUUCCCACUGUGAUUGGCAUGUUGACAAGGGCUGUCUCAAGUCAAUGGAAAGGGAAAGGGUGAGCGCCAGGGGAGGUUUGGGGGAACCCACCAAGGACUCAUCUAGAGUCAGACAGUGCCACUCGGGGUAAAGCCAGUGCCAGCAAUAACAGUUUAUCAUGCUCAUUAAUUUGGGAUUUUAAAACACAAAUGAGAACCCUUUCCCCAAUGCAUGUCUUUUAUCACUUAAAAAGCAAGUUCCAUUUAAAAUAUCCUUUAUUUUCUCCUCCCCUCCCUGUUUUUGUUUGUUUAUACCUGAUAUCUGAUUUGCAAGAAAAAGCGCAUGGCGGGGGGAGGGAUUUAGCAGUUUAAGGAAUUUUUAAUUGAGAAAGGGUAGUUUGCUAGUAUACUUAAAAAUGUUCUGGGAAGGAACCUUAACCAAUAGGAUUUGGUGAGCUUAGCUUCUUCUGUAUUCCUACUGCCGCCCAGAAAAGGGGCAGGGCUCUGCAGCCCCCAGGACAGAUGUACCCCAUGCCUAUACCUCCCUCCCACAGCUAAGACCCAGGGCAUCUUGGUCCUGCCUGGAGACUGGGCUAGCUCUAUUGGCUCAGAGAGCCUGGGGAGGGUGCCAACCCCACCUCUAGUAUUUUGGGAGAUAGGGAAGGUGAACAGACUUCCCUUUCCCGUACCCCUCAGGGUGGUUCCCUACCAGCCAGGGAAGCUACUUCUAACAGAGAGUCUAGUGUCAGAGCCUGACACUCUGUACUCCUGGACUUAGAAGUGAGGGAUGCCAGGCUUGUUCAGUAUUUUGCUAUCAGCUCAAGGAAAGCAAGGGGAGAGUCUGGCUCCAGAACUCCGAGUCUUCUGCCUCGUGUGGCCAGGAGAUGGGUAGAUCUUCCUCAAACUCUCCAGCAUCUGUAGUGCUCCAUCUCUCUUGAUGGCACCAUCUCAGUAACUAGACCUGGUGCGUUUCUUCUUUUGAAAUCAGUACCUUGGAAGCAAACCAUUUUGAA